AUGAAAUCAACGAUUAUACGUCGAAAUUUAUUUAAUACGACAAAAUCUUUUACAACAGCAGUUGAUAUAUCUGAUGCUGAUGUUGGGGAUCAUUUGAGGGUUUUGGAACGUUGUAAACCCUACAGCGAAGUACCUGGACCGAAGGGUUUACCAUUUAUUGGAAAUUCAUGGCGAUUUCUACCCCUAAUCGGACAUUAUAAAUUGGAGUCUUUGGAUAAAGUUAUGGAAUCAUUAUAUCGGGAAUAUGGCGACGUUGUAAAAAUAAGCGGUUUGAUUGGACAUCCCGACCUUCUUUUCAUAUUCAAUCCGAACGAAAUCGAAAGGAUAUUCAAAAGAGAAGAAACUCUGCCACACAGGCCUAGCAUGCCGAGUGUUAAAUAUUACAAACAAGUUCUACGUAAAGAUUUUUUUGGUAAAAACACGGGAGUCGUUGGAGUCCACGGACAACAAUGGAACGAUUUUAGAAGUAAAGUUCAUCAGACGAUGAUGCAACCGUCAACGGCAAAAAAAUAUCUAAUACCGUUAAAUCAAAUAACGACGGAAUUUUUAAAUAGAAUACAAGAGAAUAUAAAAUCAAAUGACGAAUUAUCGUGCGAUUUCAUGGAAGAACUUUAUAAAUGGGCUCUCGAAUCGAUAGGUAAAGUAGCUUUGGAUACGAGAUUAGGUUGUUUGAAUAAAAAUUUAGAAAUGGAAUCCGAAGCGCAAAUAAUGAUCGAUUCCGUCAAAACGUUUUUUGCAAAUGUUGCACAAGUCGAAUUGAGAAUGCCUGUAUGGAGAAUAUACAGCACUCCAGCCUGGAAAAAAUACAUAGGCGCGUUCGACGUUUUCAGAGAAACUUGUUUGAAAUACAUAAACGAAUCAAUGAUAAAACUAAAUUCUAAAACCUUAAAAGAUGAUGAUGAUGAUGAUGAUGAUGAUAUACCAUUAGUCGAAAGGAUACUAUUGAAAACAUCCGAUCCGAAAGUGGCAACCGUUUUAGCUUUGGAUUUACUUUUAGUCGGUAUAGACACGACAUCCGUUGCGGCAACGACAAUUAUUUACCAUUUGGCAAAAAAUCCAGAAAAACAAGAAAAAUUAUACCGAGAACUUUACAAUUUGCUACCGAACGAUGACGAUUUGAUAACGGAAAAAAUAAUAUCACAAUCGGUAUAUUUAAGCGCUUGCAUAAAAGAAAGUUUAAGGAUAAAACCCGUUAUAAUCGGAAACGGAAGAAGUUUAACAUCGAAUGCAAUCAUCAAUAAUUAUCAGAUUCCCAAAGGAACUCACGUUAUAUUUCCACAUUACGUCGUCGGUAAUCUUCCAGAAUAUUUUCCAAAACCCCAGGAAUUCAUACCCGAAAGAUGGUUGAAAUCUUCUUCUGGAAAAUUUGGGGAAAAAUGUCCACACGAAAAUAAAAUUCACAGAUUUGCAUCAUUACCAUUCGGAUACGGAAGAAGAACUUGUUUGGGACGACGUUUUGCUGAAAUUGAAUUAAAAAUUCUUAUAUCAAAGAUAUUUAGAAAAUAUAAAGUGAGUUAUAAUUACGGGUUAAUAAAAUACCAAGUACAAUCAACGUACAAAUCAUCUCAUCCGAUUUAUUUUCAUUUAAAAAAAAGAAAAUGA